AUGGCCAGAUUGAACGGUUGCUAUCACUACCACGUGCGGAACCAGCAGUACCACUGCCACGACAUUGUCUUCAUCCUCGACGAUGACCUCUCAGACAACCACAGACACGUCCUUGACAACGUCGUCACCGACGUCAACCUCCUCGGUCUCCUCGUCAUCUUCGUCCUCCUCCUCGACGACCUCCCCAACGACAUCGACCUCAACAACCUCAACAACAAGAAGCAUCCCAACGUUCCCAGUCAAUACCCUAGUUCCCGCUCCCCUCGCACCAGCACGGCGAACGAUCACCAUGAUGUCAAAGUUUCUCUGCAUUUGCAGUAUCCUGGUGCCGGGAGCGCUGGACGAGAGCCUCCUCAACUCUACGAGUUCGAGUUCAUCUUCGACCAUCUCCUCUACUUCGACCACGUCUUCUCUUUCGUUGAGUUCGGAUACGUCGGGUACUGGCACCAUAAUCUCAAGCACUUCUCCAUCAUCGUCGGCGUCAUCUUCAACAUCGUCCCAAGGAUCAUCAAGCAGUAUCAUGACUUUGAGCUCUUCUACCUCGACUACACCAACGUCAAGCGUUCCCAGCAGCGGACCUUCCCUCACAAGUCUACCGCUUUCCCCGACAUCUGGCACUUCGUUCCCCGCUUCAACCCCUUCUGA